AUGGUCCAGGGGACCUAACGCGAGCCACACCGACACGCCAGUUCCGGGCUAGGGAACUCAAGCUGAGGUGCGGGGCGGGACUUCCGGCGAGAGGCGGAAGCGGAACAGGAGGUGCAGCGUGCAGAUGAGUGGCCGCCUGAGCGCGACGCUGGAGCUGGGGCGGAGAGGCAGGACGCAGGUUCUCGGCCGCCCCUCGAAGCUCUCGCGACGCCGACCUCCGUGCCAGAAUGGCUCGGGGCGAGCGGCGGCGCCGCGGCGCGCCGAUAGAUGGAGCGCGGGGGGCGGAGGGGGCGGCUCGGGGCGGCCCCGCGCGACGGGAAAGCCGGGGCGGCGUGGCCCGGGGCACGGUCGCGGCAGCAGUUUUGGUCAUCGUGGUGCUGCCUCUGGCCCUGACCCUGUCGGGAAGCUGGCUGCUGGCGUGGCACCGUGCGCGGCGGGCGGUCACGCUGCACUCCGCGCCCCCGGCGCUGCCUCCCGACUCUUCUAGCCCCGCCGUGACCCCCGACCUCUUCUGGGGCACCUACCGCCCUCACGUCUACUUCGGCAUGAAGACCCGCAGCCCGCAGCCCCUCCUCACCGGACUGAUGUGGGCACAGCAUGGCACCACCCCUAAGCUCAGGCACACGUGUGAGCAGGGGGACGGCGUGGGUCCCUAUGGCUGGGAGUUCCACGACGGCCUCUCCUUCGGGCGGCAACACAUCCAGGAUGGGGCCUUAAGGCUCACCACUGAAUUCGUCAAGAGACCCGGGGGUCAGCACGGAGGGGACUGGAGCUGGAGAGUGACUGUAGAGCCUCAGGCCUCUGCCCUCCCUUUGGUGUCCCUGUUCUUCUAUGUGGUGACAGAUGGCAAGGAAGUCCUAUUGCCAGAGGUUGGGGCUAAGGGCCAGUUGAAGUUCAUCAGUGGGCACUCCAGUGAACUUGGUGACUUCCGUUUUACACUUCUGGCACCAACCAGUCCAGGGAAUACUACUCCCAAGUAUGGCAGCUACAAUGUCUUCUGGUCCUCCAACCCAGGACUUCCCUUGCUGACAGAGACGGUGAAGAGUCGCCUAAAUAGCUGGUUUCAGCAUCGGCCCCCAGGGGCUUCCCCUGAACGCUACCUUGGCUUGCCAGGAUCUCUGAAGUGGGAGGACAGAGGCCCGAAUGGGCAAGGACAGGGACAAGGGCAGUUCCUGAUACAACAGGUGACAGUGAAAGUCCCCUUUUCUGUGGAGCUGGUGUUUGAAUCUGGCAGUGCCCAGGUGGGAGGAAACCAAGCCCUGGGGCAGCUGGCAGGCAGCCUGCUGACCCAGGCCCUGGAGAGCCAUGCUGAAGCCUUUAGAGAGCGCUUUGAGAAGACCUUCCAGUUACAGAAGAAGGGCUUGAGCCCUGAGGAGCAAGCUUUGGGUCAGGCUGCCCUCAGCGGUCUCCUUGGUGGGAUUGGCUACUUCUAUGGGCAGGGUCUUGUGUUGCCAGACAUGAAGGUGGAGGGAUCUGAGCAGAAGGUGGCCCCGGCCCUCUUUCCACCUGUCCCUCUUUUCACAGCAGUGCCCUCCCGGUCAUUCUUCCCACGAGGCUUUCUUUGGGAUGAGGGCUUUCACCAGCUACUGGUCCAGCGAUGGGAUCCCCGCCUCACCCGGGAGGCCCUAGGCCACUGGCUGGGGCUACUCAAUGCUGAUGGGUGGAUUGGGCGGGAGCAGGUGCUGGGGGAUGAGGCCAGAGUCCGGGUACCCUCAGAAUUCCUGGUGCAACGGGCAGCCCAUGCCAACCCCCCAACCCUGCUUUUGCCUGUAGCCCACAUGCUAGAGGGUCGCGAUCCUGCCGAUUUAGCCUUCCUCCACAGGGCCUUCCCCCGCCUGCAUGCCUGGUUCUCCUGGCUUCAUCAGAGCCAGGCAGGGCCAGUGCCACUGUCUUACCGCUGGCGGGGUCGGGACUCGGCCUUGCCAACCCUGUUGAAUCCCAAGACACUGCCUUCGGGGCUGGAUGAUUAUCCCCGUGCUUCGCACCCUUCAGCCACUGAACGGCACCUGGACCUGCGGUGCUGGGUGGCACUGGGUGCCCGUGUGCUGGUGCAGCUAGCAGAGCAGUUGGGAGAGGCUGACGCAGUUGCAGAGCUGGGCCCGCUGGCUGCCUCACUGGGGUCAGAGGAGAUCCUGGAUGAGUUACACUGGGCCCCAGAGCUAGGAGUUUUUGCAGACUUUGGGAACCACACCAAAGCAGUGCAUCUGAAGCCUCGUCCCCCUCAUGGGCUGGUUCGGGUGGUGGGCCGGCCCCACCCUCGCUUGCAGUAUGUGGAUGCCUUGGGCUAUGUCAGUCUUUUCCCCUUGUUGCUGCGGCUGCUGGACCCCCACUCAUCCCGCCUUGGGCCACUGCUGGAUGUUCUAGCUGACAGUCGCCAUCUCUGGAGCCCCUUUGGUUUACGCUCCCUUGCAGCCUCCAGCCCCUUUUAUGGCCAGCGCAAUUCAGAGCAUGAUCCUCCCUACUGGCGAGGAGCUGUGUGGCUCAAUGUCAACUACCUGGCCUUAGGGGCACUCCACCACUAUGGGCAUCUCAAGGGUCCUCACCAAGCCCGUGCUGCCAAGCUCCACAGUGAGCUCCGUGCCAAUGUGGUGGGCAAUGUGUUGAGGCAAUAUCAGGCCACAGGUUUCCUGUGGGAGCAGUACAGUGACCGGGAUGGGCGGGGCAUGGGCUGCCGCCCUUUCCAGGGUUGGACCAGCCUUGUUCUGCUGGCCAUGGCUGAAGACUACUAAAGGGAGAGUGUGGGAGGGGAGUGGGGUCCCUGUACCACUCUGGACUAGAGGGACUAGGUUUCUAACUUCUGCCCCCAACCCUCAGAUACCAGUGCUCCAAACCCUCAUCUCAGGUGUCUCAUUAUCAUCCCAUACAACCCAGGGGUGAAUGUGAAUUCAGAGUCUAUUUUUCUAAAUAAAUUGGAAAACCAUGCCAAA